AGGCAAAGAUGGCGGUGCGGAAGAAAGACGGCGGCCCGAAUGUAAAAUAUUUCGAAGCGUCUGACACCGUUUCGCAGUUUGAUAAUGUCCGCGUCUGGCUGGGAAAGAAUUACAAAAAGUACAUCCAGGCUGAGCCCCCCACCAACAAAUCCCUUUCCAGCCUGGUGGUCCAGCUGCUGCAGUUCCAGGAGGAGGUGUUCGGCAGGCACGUCAGCAACCCUCCCCUCACAAAGCUGCCGAUGAAGUGUUUUCUAGACUUCAAGUCAGGAGGGGCUCUCUGCCACAUUCUGGCUGCUGCCUACAAGUUCAAAAGUGAUCAAGGAUGGCGCAGGUUUGACUUCCAGAAUCCAUCAAGGAUGGACCGAAAUGUGGAAAUGUUCAUGACAAUUGAGAAGUCCUUAGUGCAG